GUUACCAGUCACGUCUGGUCUUCUGUACCUUUGAUGAUGAAGCGUAUUCUGAUUACCUGUGUGCUUCCUUCCCUCGACCCCUCAGUAAUCGCACAUGCAAUGAACAGCAGUGCCCACAAACCCGCAGGAUGGCGUAUGUGUACGAGCCACGCUUGUGGAGGCCCAUGGAAGCACCACGAGUCUAUGUACAAGUGUACAGCUGGGUGACUGGGGAGUGGAGCCCGUGUCCGGUGACCUGCGGCGGGGGUCUUCAGGUGAGGAGAGUUGAGUGUAUGUCUCACGACUCGGCAGGAUCGCGAGUGGUGGAGGAUUCCCAGUGUGCUUCCUACGCACCCAGACCGCUCAACCAACAGAACUGUAACAUGCAGAAAUGCGCUCAAUACAGGGUUUCCAGCUGGAGCCAGUGCUCUGUGACGUGCGGCUCUGGGAAACAGACGCGAGAUGCGGUGUGUGUGGGUGCAGACGGAGCUUCUCUGGAGGACUACGCAUGUGGGACCCAACAGAACCCGCCCAAGACACAGGCCUGUGAGAUGCCCGUCUGCAGGAGCCCCAUUGGUUGGCAUAUAGGAGACUGGGGCCUAUGCUCUAAGAGCUGUGGCUCGGGGCUGCGGGAACGGCAGGUGAUCUGUUCAGACAGACAGAGAAACCUGUACAGGGUAGAGGAGUGCCAGUCCAAACCCAAACCUCUUACCGUGGAAAGAUGCAACGUCCAGCCUUGCUACACGCCUCAGGAGGUGCCCAGCAUGCAGGACCCAACAGGUCAUGAUAACACCAUUCAUGGCUUCCUGCCGUAUAUCGAGGAUCCCGCAUUAGAAACUCCUCAAAACAAUGCUGUCCACAAACCUCAUGGCACGCCUCUCACCCCUCACUGUAGCCAGACCUACUAUGGCUGCUGUCCUGAUGGAAGUACCCCAGCCAGUGGACCACAGAGCCAAGGCUGUCCCCAGGACCAAGGCCUACCAUCAUCGUGCACAUGGAGCAGGUACGGCUGUUGUCAUGAUGGUGUGACCAUAGCCCAAGGUCCCAACAAGGAGGGCUGUUCAGAUUCCUGGCCACACUGGUCUCCAGCAUCAGACAUACCAUCUGCACCCACAGACUGCCAGAUGUCCACCUAUGGUUGCUGCUAUGAUGGUGUGACGGCCGCUGGUGGUACUCAUGGGGAGGGGUGCUCCAACCCCCCCAGCAAUACACAGCGUUCUCGGUCCUGUGACCUACCCCAUACGGUCGGGUCAUGCGAUAAUUGGACAUCCCGUUACUACUACGACCGCUCUGCCUCGCGCUGCAUACAUUUCUGGUAUGGUGGCUGCCAUGGCAAUAGCAACAACUUUGCCUCGGAGGAGGAAUGCCAGAGAAUGUGCCUGAGAUCCGAACUGAGCCAGCGGGACCAGGCGCAUGUCUUGUCUUUGCAGCAUGGUGGACGCCGCUUCCCCGCACAGAUCCACCACAGCUCUAGUGGUGCGACCCACAUGCACCGGGCUCACCGGCUGGACCCCAGUGCCAUGCAGCAGAGCAGCCCCGCUGCCAGCUGGACAGCUGUAGGUGUGAGUAUAGAUAAGUCGGAUCCCUCCACGGUGGAGGGGCUGGUUGGUCAGCAGGUAGUAUUGCCCUGCAGGGUGAGUCCUCGGCCCUCCUCCACUGUGAUCGUGGAGUGGAGACAGGAUGGUGUCCCUGUUGACCCCGCCAGGCAUCAGCAGCAGUCGGACGGCUCUCUGUUGGCUGGUCCUAUAACAUUGCAGGAUUCUGGCUGGUUUCUGUGUGUGGCUACAAGAGACCGUGACAGAGAUCACCGCUACAUUUACCUGUCUGUCUCAGGAGCAUCUCAGAACGGUGGAGGAAUAUCAGAGACAGAUUCUUCCCAGUCCUACACAUCACAUUCAUCUUCCAGGUUCAACAUUGACUAUUCGUCUCUGGUCGAGGCUCGAGCAGGUCAGACGGCCAAACUGCGGUGCGCGGUGCUGCCAGUCUCUUCCAUGCAUGCGGUGACCGUUCACUGGAGCAGAGCUGGAGAGCCGCUCAACUCGCUCAGGUGCCUUCAUCUGCAUGCGUUUCUGUGACUCUCUUUCAAACCC